GGAUGGGCGGAGCGACGCAGGGACGACAAGCUCAGAGAGAUAAACCCACUCUGAAAUCACCAGGGUCGGGGAUAAAAAUAGUGAAAAACCACCGUCCAGCUUUCACCGAGCGCUGUUUAUAUUUCAUCAUUUCAUCAAAGAGAGGGAGGCCUGCCCAGGAUGAACGGCGAGUCAGGUGCCGGUGUGGUGACUGCCCCCCCUCCCACCACAGCCCCCCACAAGGAGCGGUACUUUGACCGAGUGGAUGAGAGCAGUCCGGAGUACCAGAGGGAGAGAAACAUGGCACCCGACCUGCGGCAGGACUUCAACAUGAUGGAGCAGAGGAAAAGGGUCUCCAUGAUACUACAGAGCCCGGCAUUCUGCGACGAGCUGGAGACAAUGAUCCAGGAUCAGCUGAAGAAGGGGAAGACGCCCACUAGCCUGUUGGCUCUGCAGCAGAUCGCAGACUUCAUGACCACCAGUAUGCCUUCCAUGUAUCCCGCUGCCCCACAAGGAGGCAUGGCGGCACUCAACAUGAGUUUAGGUAUGGUGACUCCAGUGAAUGAUCUGCGUGGCUCCGACUCUAUUUCCUAUGACAAGGGUGAGAAGCUGCUUCGCUGCAAGCUGGCUGCCUUCUAUCGGCUCGCUGACUUAUUUGGCUGGUCCGAGCUCAUCUACAACCACCUCACAGUCAGGGUGAACUCAGAGCAGGAGCGCUUCCUGAUUGUCCCGUUUGGGCUCCUGUACAGUGAAGUCACAGCCUCCAGUCUGGUGAAGAUAAACCUUCAAGGUGAGAUAGUGGACCGGGGCAGCACCAAUCUCGGGGUGAACCAGGCUGGCUUCACUCUCCACUCUGCCAUCUAUUCUGCACGGCCCGAUGUUAAGUGUAUCGUACAUGUACACACCCCCGCGGGUGCUGCGGUGUCCGCCAUGAAAUGCGGCCUGUUGCCCAUCUCCCCCGAGGCACUGUCCCUGGGGGAGGUAGCCUAUCAUGACUACCACGGCAUACUGGUGGAUGAGGAAGAAACUACUCUCAUACAGAGGAACCUUGGGCCUAACAGCAAGGUUCUCAUCCUGAGGAACCAUGGUUUGGUGUCUGUAGGCGAAACCGUGGAGGAAGCUUUCUAUUACAUCCACAAUCUGGUUACUGCCUGUGAGAUCCAGGUGCGAACACUGGUCAGCGCUGGAGGGCCAGAUAAUCUGCUGAUGCUGGACCCGGGCAAAUACAAGGCACGCCCACGGGUCCCGGAGCCAGCCGGCGACGGGUCCUCUACACAUCCCAAGUGGCUAGUCGGGGAGCAGGAGUUUGAGGCUCUUAUGAGAAUGCUCGACAACUUGGGCUACAGGACGGGUUACCCUUACCGCUGCCCGGCAUUGCGAGACAAAGCUAAAAAGUACAGUGACGUGGAGAUACCUCCCUCCGCCCACGGUGGUUACUCAUACGGGGAGGACAGUGACUCAGGUGCUCGCUCCCCGCUGAAGCACAGCUUCCAGCGCGGCCAGCGUGACAAGACCCGCUGGCUCAAUGCCAGCGGCCGGCCCGAGGAGCCCUGCGAGGACGGGCCCGACGGCAGCAGCCCCAAGUCGAAGCCUAAGGUGUGGACGAACAUAACACACGAUCACGUCAAACCCUUGCUGCAGUCUCUCUCGUCUGGUGUCUGCGUGCCAAGCUGUAUAACCAACUGCUUGUGGACAAAGGAAGACGGACUCCGCCAGGCUGCCGUAGCCAAUCAGUUCAUCCCAAUGAACACCAACCCAAAAGAUGUCCUGGAAAUGAGGAAUAAGAUCCGGGAACAGAACCUGCAGGACAUAAAGACAGCAGGGCCCCAGUCUCAGGUUCUGUGUGCCAGCACCAUCGUGGAACGAUCCUUUAACCAGGACGCCCCUCUGUCUGACUGUACAGACACUAUUGAUGGCCUCGAUGUGUCCGAGGGGUCCUAUAGUCCUGCUAAAUCAAUUAGAAAGGGGGAGCUAGUGACAGCGUCCAAGGCCAUCAUCGAAAAGGAGUACCAGCCCAAGGUUAUUGUUAGCAAGCAGGGUCCCAACCCCUUCACCAAACUCACCGACCAGGAGCUGGAGGACUACCGCAAGGAGGUGGAGCAGAAACAAAAAGGGACUGAAGUGCAGGGACGAGACGAUAAUAGGGAGGAAUCAGCCUCCACGGUACCCUGUCCUGAGCCUGAAAAGCUACCGGGGGGUCAAGCCUCUGUCUCUACACCUCUACAGUCUGCAUCCGACUCACCAAGCUUAGAGAAAGCAACGCCCGCUACACCAACAUCUUCUUCCCACGGCCUACCCAGUGGGGAGGAGCCAGCUCAGGGCGGCGCCGACUCUGCAGAGGCAGUUGUGGAUGACGUUUUCUCGACUGCAGAUGAGGUUCUUUUAGUUCCAGAUUCCCCACAAAAGGAGUUCCACUGUGCCGUGGUGCGAGCCCUCAGCAAGGAGCCGUCAGUGGUAGAGGCAGCUAAGGCAGAUCUGGCUCCAGACCCAGAGGAGCCUGAGGAGGAACCCAAAGGCCAGAAACCCACAACACCACCCAGCACCCCGGUCAAAGCAGAGGAAGAGUCCUUGCCAGAACAAACCUAUAAGGAUGAGAGCGACGCAGCCACCCUGAGACAGACCCUUCCAGAUUUAACACCUGAUGACCCCUCCGAUGCCCCAGCACUUCCUGCCGAAGACUCCGCCUCGGCCCCUGCCACCGCAGACGCAGACGGAGCUGAGGGGGAGGAACCAGCUGACGCUGGUGACCAGGAGGGGGAGGAGUCUCCCAGCAAAUCACCCUCCAAAAAGAAAAAGAAGUUCCGCACUCCUUCCUUCCUAAAGAAAAACAAAAAAAAGACAGAGUCCUAGAUUGGAGAAUGUUGGAUUGGUCCUCAAGGCUGGCCUCUGCAUCUUUUUAUUUCCGCUUUUUGUCUGCUAUCAUUGCACCCUUCGAGCAAGCCACAGUUAUGCUUUUUGUUGUUUUGAUAUCAUUUGUCGCUGGCUUAUUAACCUAUUUUUCCUCGUUAGCGCGUGCCAAUUUUGUAUACAGUGUAAAAACGAUUGAUUGCAUAAAGGUUUUUAAUUAUUAGAGGCUUUUAGUUGUGAGUGAGUCUUGUCCAUUCCAUCUGGCCUUUUAUGCAUGUCUAUUACUACAGGCCCGCACACUUGAUGUGAGGGUUAAGGGUUUUAUCACCCUCAUUUUUUAAAGAGUAUUACUAAACAGUUGUAACCACUAGAAUGUAUUGGGAUUGUAUCAAAAAUAUGUCUUUAAAAGUGUCUUUUAAAAACAGUGAAUGCAGAAAGAGAAGCUUGUAUUCUCUCAUUUAACUGGUGGUAAAUUCCAGGAGAACUACAGUUGGGAUAUUUUCAGUGGAUUAAUUACCCACGGAAAAUGCAAAAUGGGCAAAGAAAUCCAUUUUAAUGCCUCCAUAAACCAAUAUUUUGAUUAAAUAUCCACAUCCAAGCUAAAUCCCAUCUGGGUGACUUCAACUUAAUCAUUUGACACAGCCUUAAUUGACAGGUAUGUUGUAUAUGGCUUCAGAUCUGUGGGGCUGCAAACCUUGUUUGAACCUAGUGAUGGUGAUGAGCGUGAUUCACAACAAAGCGUGACCCCUCCCAGGGAGUGUUGGCAAGCAUUGUGCUUGUUGAUUAUUCCAAGGGUCGAUAUUUGCUCCUGGCUGUAAGUCUUCAGUAUGAAGGAAUGUGUAAAAACAAAUUCUCAGUUUAUGUUUUGCAUUCAUUCUAAUUGUUUGAGCCUGGCUUUGUUUUGCAUUUGCGCCCUCGAUUUAUCUCUGUCUCCGUGAAAGACAGAAAAAGGCAGGAAUGCUAUAAAUUGGGGUUUACAUAUUUUAUUAUGUCAUUUCAUUAUUGUGGGGUUUUUUUUGUUUGUUUGUUUUUUGACAUCUUGCGCUCUCUCACAAAGUAGAUUGAGCCAUGAUUGCUUGCUGUGAGAGCGCACUGUGAACCUCCUCUUUUAUAAACCACUGUCUGGGAACCAGACAUUGCUUUUAGAUGCUCACGAUCUGUCAUCAUUAAUAUACAGUUGUUACAGAACAUGUAAAUGACAAUGUCACUGUUAUGAAGCUGCAUGAUCAAUCAUAUUUCAGAACCCUCAACCUGGACUCUCCUGUGUAAAACGCCACUCUGGGCAAAUGGGCUUUAAAACCUGUGUGUUUCCAGUUGCAGUAAAGACACAGUGUACACUGGAGAAGCAAUUCUUUUCUUUUUUUUUUUUUCUUUUGUCACUGAUGUGUAACCAAUUGUGUGAUGGCAUAUGAGCUGUGCUUAAGGUUUCAGGGCAUUAAUACCAAGGCCAUCUCCAUGCAUUGCUUCCUAACUUGUGUUCAUUCAUCCUGUUUUAGGUUAGUAUUCAAUCUAACUCAUGAUGAACCAAAAGGCAAAACUAACAGGAAGCUUCACCUAAUCUGAGAUGCUUAAUAAACUUUUUGGUUUUUGUUGACCACCGGUGGAGUAUCUACAAGCACAGAAUGUCUAACUAAUGAAGGACUGCAUGUGUAGAGUGCUUAGAGAGAGUGUACUGUCCUUUAAAUGACUGUAACUACCACUUAUUUGUAUUUUAUUUUAGCUGUAGCGUGCCGCUAAUAGUACUAGAGUCCUUGUAGUCAUGGUUUUAAUUUGAGUCAAACAGAUUUUUUUUUUUUUAUUAUUCUCACAGCUAUGCUCCUUUGUAUUCUGUCUGAUCUACUGUCUCGUCAUUAUACCAUCUAAGAUGUAAUACUUCCACCUCUCUUUUCUCAUGGUUCUGCCUAUUUUACAACCAUGAAUAAAAAAACACUACCAUGAAAGUCA